AUGUGGGAGCUGUUGUCACCUGUAGGGUCUCUAGAAGAUACCCGAGCAACUGAAAAAGACAAGGUAGAAAUUUACAAGAGUUUCCAGCCAGGUGACAUAGUUUUGGCCAAACUUAUCUCCCUAGGUCAUGCGCAGUCCAAUGACCUGCUGACUACUGCUGAAAAUGAGGUAGGAGUUGUGGUGGACUUCAGUGAGUCAGAUGUCCAGAUGGUUCCCAUCAGCUGGUGUGAGAUGCAGUGCCCCACGAUCCACACUAAAGAAUUCCAAAACGUAGCCAGAGUACAGCCUGAGUUCUUAUAA